GUCGGUUCAGUGUUUAUCACAGCAGCAGCAGAGACAGAUGAACUUUACCUCCAGGAAGGAUGUUUUCGACACUUCGCAGCUUUUGCACCUGCACAUCCUCCAGAGACACAGAUUCCACAGAUUUCUCAUCGCCCUUCUCAGACUGUUACUCCCGUUUCUCAGCCCUGACAACGAUGCGGACUCGGUCAGGAACCGCAGAGUCCGGUGACGGGUUCAAGGGCAAAUGUAGCCCGGAUCAAAGUGACAGAACCACGGGAGGAAGGAGGAUUAAAUUUCCGAAAUUUCAGAAGUUUUUCGGAGGAAGAAGUCCACCUGCUGAGAACAUCGCUACAACAGAUGGACGCCCUUCACCCAGGGAAGAUGAGCCACCCAAAGUGACCCGCACAUUUGAGCAGAAUCUUGAGGACCUCCACUUGUCUGAUGCCAGCCAGUUGCUGAUAGAGAGAGAAGAUGAUCUGUUUUUGGCGAUAACAGAAGCAGAGCCUCUUCGGGGCUGGGAGGAUGAAGUAAACAAGCUCGCUGCAAACCACAAAGCCCUGGAGGGCCCCAUCCUGCAGGCCUUGAGUCUGUCUCUGAGCCCACAGGACAUCAGCUCUGAGGCUUUAACGUCUGCUGUGAAGGCCGUCUGUCAGGAGGAGGAGCAGGACCAGCGGUGGGCGCAGAGGAGUCGAACGCCACCACAAUGGAGGCCCAGCGGGUGGAGGAACCGCCACGACUUAGCGCUCCGAGUCCUGGUGGAGGAGCGUCUGGACAACCCCUCGACACCUCCUGCUGACCAGGUGCGGCACUCGUCCAUCCAGGCUGAUGUGUGCAGCAUGGGCCGGCAGCUGAAGGAGGACCUGCUCACUGUGGUGGAGAGGGUGAAGGGCUGCUACCCACCUGAGAUGGACAUUUGUAAUUUUUAUGCUAAGUUGUACCACCAAACCCUCAGCACAAGACUCAGAAAGAUUGCAGACUUUGGGCUGGGUGACCAGGACUGCACUUUUCUCCUACGCUUGGUGAAUGAGUUCUAUCCAGAAAUCCUUCAGAAACCACAGAUCACCGCUAACAUCAACACUAAAGCUUUGGGAAAACUACUGCCUGAAGAUUUAUUGAAACCUCUGGAGGAGCAGUACCUGAACAAACACCAGGCUGAGUUGACUAAAUACAUCGACCGGGUUCUGGAGGGAGCGCGGCAGAUGUGGCUGAAUGGAGAAGAACCGAAAAAUGAGGACGGCUGCUACGUCAGUCCUGUGGCCAUCGACAUCAUCCAGUUCAUCAACGGUGCAGUGACUUCAGCUGAAACAGUUCUGGCAGAUCAGCACAAGGCCCAGACCAUCACAAACCACCUGAAAGAGUUACUACAGAGGUACAAGAGCUUCCAGGAAGAGGUCACGAGGCAAAACAAAGCGAACAGUGCGCCCAUCAUUAAGGCGAACCUCGACUGUAUCGAACAUUUCAGAGACUUCCUCAUCACAAAGAGCCAACUGUUCCCAGGUGACGUACAGGAGCGCUGUUUGUCUGUUCUGAAUGAAAUGAAGCAGGCAGCCCACGCGUAUUUAUUAACGCCCGUGCACAUCGACCUGAAGCCACAGUAUCGUAAAAUGGGAACCAGUGAUUGGCUGAAAGGUUUGUCAUUCGAGAAACUGCAGGACCGUCUUAAAGAUAAGAUUCAGCAUCUGCAGGGUUCAGGACUUCACGGUCACCAGGGGCUCAUGAGCCAGUUUCAUGUGGAAGUGACAGCAGAGUACGUGAAGAGGCUUCUGAAAGGAGAAGUCAAGCUGAAGGACAGGCAGCAGCAGGAAAAGGCUUACCUGACUGUGAAAGACAACGCAGAGAAACUGCACAGUUUAUUCAUGCAGAUGGGAUCUCAGGAGGUCUGGUUGAGGGAUGUCCUGAUCCGGAUCGCAGAAGUCCUGAAGCUCCAGGACCUGGCUGCGAUACAGGUUCACGUAGCGUUACUGGGAACAGACUACCCUGACCUCAGUGAAAAACACGUUACGUCUCUGCUCAAGCUCAAGACAAACCUCACGAAAGCGAACAGAAGAACAGUCAAAGAGACUCUGAUGGAAACUGUGAAGGAAGCCUCGGUGGAAGGCACUCGGCCGUUUUUCUGCAGAGUUCAGGUUAAAUGAGCCUCAGUGAUACAGAAAAUGUGUAAUAUAAUAUAAGUUUUAUGAAUAUGAUAGUAAAGAAAAGGAUAUUGUGUGCGGAGAGAUUGUAAAAAGUUUAAAGUAUAGGUGUUUAAGCUACAAGUGUCAUCAAUUAGAUAUGGUGUUUUUGUUUUUUCUGCAUGUUUAGAAAAAAUCAGGACCAGAUCAGUGUUCAGAUGAUGUUUUCUGUAACUUUUUCUGUAUAUUUUGUCUUUCAUGUGCAAUAAGAAUGGUCAUAUUUUAUAUUGUAUUUUAACAUGUUUUUUAAAGCAUAAUUAAAUGAAUGUUCCGAAGUUAAGUAUAUGAAUAAAGCUGGGAAGUGUUUCUACUCAA